ACAUGAGAGAGUCAAACGGCGAGGCGGCCGCCGGCUGCAGCGGCAGAGGCAGCGGUCGAGACUACACCACCCCAUCUCCACGGAUUACAACAAGGAAAAUCACGCACCGACGUCUCUUCUACGCUUUUCCUCCGAUCCCUAGGAGGACAGCGCACAAACACCUUUCGUGCUUCCAAGCGAACCCAAUUCUCUCAUUGCCUUAUAUAAGCCCACAGCCUCUCUGGUAUCAUGCUCUAUCCACGUUUACUCUGUUUCGGACACACAGGUAGUUGCACUUAAUUAUAUAUACCUUAACGGUGACCUAUCAAUUUCAAUUUCCCAAAUCAAUCAGAGAGAGAGAGGUGGAGACGAGGGCCAAGCGGCGGAGACAAUGGACGGGGUGGAGCUUCAUCACGGCUCGCUCAAGCGGCGGUGGGUCGACGAGAAAGGGACCAGCAACCUGCACACCUUUUAUCGCUCCUGCUCGGCGCUUCAGACGUCGCCGCAACUGCAGCCGAGAGCUACGUCCACGUUCAAGCUGUUGAGUCUUUCCGUUGCGGGCGACGGUACGGUGGCGUCGGUCGUCCCUCCGGUGACUGUCGUCCUCGAGGGGCGCGCCAUCUGCCACCGCGUCUGCCUGGAGGACCACACGAGCUACGAAAGCUUGGCCAAGGCCCUGCGCCGCAUGUUCGUGGACUCGGACGAGGUAGGGGAGGAGGCGGAGGCGGAGCUGGCGCUGGCCAAUGCGGUACCGGGUCACGUGGUGGCCUAUGAAGACAUGGAGGACGACCUGCUCCUCGCCGGCGAUCUAAACUGGAAGGAUUUCGUCCGUGUGGCUAAGCGGAUUCGGAUAGUCCCGUCGAAGGCUAAUCGUCGGCGACAUUGUGGAAAAAGAGCUGGAAAUCGAGAAACAUAAUGAUCAUAUUUUCUACUAUUAAGCGAGAGA